GGCGGCCCGGCGCGGCCCGUGAGCCUGCGGGAAGUCGUGCGCUACCUCGGGGGCAGCGGCGGCCCCAGCGGCCGCCUUACUCGCGGCCGCGUGCAGGGGCUGCUGGAAGAGGAGGCGGCACGGAGCCGUCUGGAGCGCACCCGCUUGGGAGCGCUCGCACUGCCCCGCGGAGACAGGCCGGGACGGGCGCCGCCGGCCGCUAGCGCACGCGCGGCGCGGAGCAAGAGAGGUGGAGAAGAGCGGGUGUUUGAGAAAGAAGAGGAAGACGAUGAUGAAGACGAGGAGGAGGAGGAGGACAAUAUAUCAGAAGGCUCAGAAGUGCCUGAGAGUGACCGCCCCGCAGGUGCUCAGCAUCACCAGAUUAAUGGAGAGCGGGCCCCUCAGAGUGCGAAGGAAAGGGUCAAGGAGUGGUCGUCCUGUGGACCCUACCAGGGCCAGGAUGAAGGGCGGGGACCAGCACCUGGCAGCUGCACGCGCCAGGUGUUCUCAAUGACAGCUAUGAAUAAAGAAGGGGGGUCAGCUUGUGUUACAGCUGCUCCAGAUUCGCCAUCUCCUGUGCCUUUGCCCCCAGGAAAACCAGCCCUACCUGGGGCUGAUGGGACACCUUUUGGCUGUCCUCCUGGACGCAAAGAGAAGCCAACCGACCCAGUGGAGUGGACAGUCAUGGAUGUGGUGGAGUACUUCAUUGAGGCAGGCUUCCCAGAGCAGGCCACUGCUUUUCAGGAGCAGGAAAUUGAUGGCAAGUCUUUGUUGCUCAUGCAACGGACAGAUGUGCUGACUGGCCUGUCCAUCCGCCUGGGCCCAGCCCUGAAGAUCUACGAGCACCACAUCAAGGUGCUCCAGCAAGGCCAUUUUGAGGAGGAUGACCCUGAUGGCUUCCUUGGCUGAGUGCCAGCCUUGCCCCUACCCCAGCCAGUCCAGAUCGUAUCACAGCGCCCUGACAGUCCAGGAACUGGACAUAGGGACACCCUCGACCUUCCUAACAGACUCCAGUGAGGGGGUACCCUCCUCCAUUUCCCCCUUUUCUCACACCCCUACCUUAGUACAUCUCUCCACAGCCAUGGAGUGUGGGGUAGGAGGACUUGGUUGGCCCAUUCACAGGGGCCACCCUUUCUCCCCAAACCAGGACAUUUUUGAAAAACAAAAAAUCAGGGGAGCUUCCUGUGGCCCCCAAACCCUCUUCAGUUCAGCCAGAUGUUACCUUAUAUAAGUGUUCUGUUCUUGCCUGUCCUGGUGGUGGGUUCUGCUCCACCACCCGUUCCCUGCCCCCCACCCUGACCUCUAGUCCGUGGAAAACAGGUGAGCUAAGGGACCUUGGGUCCUCUGGCUCCUUCCCUUUCUGUCUGUCCAUUGUUGCUCCACCUGGCUGUAUGGCUUUUUAAUAUUGCACCGAAGGUUUUUUAAAUAAAACU